CCCCUCCCUGCCGCCGCCGCCCGCCGGGGCGCCCACCCUGCCGGCGCGGCCCGGAGCGAUGACAUCGACGGGGAAGGACGGCGGGGCGCAGCACGCUCAGUAUGUGGGGCCCUACCGGCUGGAGAAGACGCUGGGCAAGGGGCAGACAGGCCUCGUGAAGCUGGGCAUUCACUGUGUCACGUGCCAGAAGGUGGCCAUCAAAAUCGUCAACCGGGAGAAGCUCAGCGAGUCCGUGCUGAUGAAGGUGGAGCGGGAGAUUGCGAUCCUGAAGCUCAUCGAACACCCUCACGUCCUAAAGCUGCAUGACGUUUAUGAAAACAAAAAAUAUUUAUAUCUGGUGCUAGAACAUGUGUCUGGAGGCGAGCUCUUCGACUACCUGGUCAAGAAGGGGAGGCUGACCCCCAAAGAAGCCCGCAAGUUCUUCCGGCAGAUCAUCUCCGCGCUGGACUUCUGCCACAGCCACUCCAUAUGCCACAGGGAUCUGAAGCCGGAGAACCUGCUGCUGGAUGAGAAGAACAACAUCCGCGUCGCAGACUUCGGCAUGGCGUCUCUGCAGGUGGGGGACAGCCUGCUGGAGACCAGCUGCGGGUCCCCCCACUACGCCUGCCCUGAAGUGAUCCGGGGGGAAAAGUAUGACGGCCGCAAGGCGGACGUGUGGAGCUGCGGUGUGAUCCUAUUCGCCUUGCUGGUGGGGGCGCUGCCCUUCGACGACGACAACCUGCGGCAGCUGCUGGAGAAGGUGAAGCGGGGCGUGUUCCACAUGCCGCACUUCAUCCCGCCCGACUGCCAGAGCCUGCUGCGUGGCAUGAUCGAGGUGGACGCCGCGCGCCGCCUCACGCUAGAGCACAUUCAGAAACACACAUGGUAUAUAGGGGGCAAGAAUGAGCCGGAGCCAGAGCAGCCCAUCCCCCGCAAGGUGCAGAUCCGCUCGCUGCCCAGCCUGGAGGACAUUGACCCCGACGUGCUGGACAGCAUGCACUCGCUGGGCUGCUUCCGCGAUCGCAACAAGCUGCUGCAGGACCUGCUGUCUGAGGAGGAGAACCAGGAGAAGAUGAUCUACUUCCUCCUCCUGGACCGGAAGGAGCGGUACCCGAGCCACGAAGAUGAGGACCUGCCCCCCCGGAACGAAAUAGACCCUCCCCGGAAGCGCGUGGACUCCCCGAUGCUGAACCGGCACGGCAAGCGACGGCCCGAGCGUAAGUCCAUGGAGGUGCUCAGCGUGACGGACGGCGGCUCCCCGGUGCCCGCGCGGAGGGCCAUCGAGAUGGCUCAGCACGGCCAGAGUAAAGCAAUGUUCAGUAAAAGCCUGGAUAUCGCUGAAGCCCACCCCCAAUUCAGCAAAGAAGACAGGUCUAGGUCCAUCAGUGGCGCCUCCUCAGGCCUCUCCACCAGCCCGCUCAGCAGCCCCCGGGUGACCCCUCACCCCUCUCCAAGGGGUAGUCCCCUCCCCACCCCCAAGGGGACGCCCGUGCACACGCCCAAGGAGAGCCCGGCCGGCACGCCCAACCCCACGCCGCCGUCCAGCCCCAGCGUUGGAGGGGUUCCCUGGCGGACGCGGCUCAACUCCAUCAAGAACAGCUUCCUGGGGUCACCCCGUUUCCACCGCCGGAAACUGCAAGUUCCGACGCCAGAGGAGAUGUCCAACCUGACCCCGGAGUCGUCCCCAGAGCUUGCCAAGAAGUCCUGGUUCGGGAACUUCAUCAACCUGGAAAAGGAGGAGCAGAUCUUCGUGGUCAUCAAGGACAAGCCGCUGAGCUCCAUCAAAGCAGACAUCGUCCACGCCUUCCUGUCGAUCCCCAGCCUCAGCCACAGCGUCAUCUCCCAGACGAGCUUCCGGGCUGAGUACAAGGCGACGGGGGGCCCGGCGGUGUUCCAGAAGCCGGUCAAGUUCCAGGUGGACAUCACGUACACCGAGGGCGGGGCGGCGCAGAAGGAGAAUGGCAUCUACUCCGUCACGUUCACGCUUCUGUCAGGCCCAAGCCGCCGCUUCAAGAGGGUCGUAGAGACCAUCCAGACACAGCUGCUGAGCACACACGACCAGCCCUCCACCCAGCACCUGUCAGACACCACUAACUGUAUGGAAAUGAUGACGGGGAGGCUUUCCAAAUGUGACGAGAAGAACGGGCAGGCGGCCCAGGCCCCCAGCACGCCCGCCAAGCGGAGUGCCCACGGCCCACUCGGUGACUCCGCGGCCGCUGGCCCUGGCCCUGGAGGGGACGCCGAGUACCCAACGGGCAAGGACACGGCCAAGAUGGGGCCGCCCGCCGCCCGCCGCGAGCAGCCUUAGACACAUAGCCCCUCCCCCAGCACGGCCCUGACAGUGGCCACCAAGGCCGCCUCGCCGCCCGCCUGCCCGCCACCCGCCCUGCGUGGACCAGGGCCGCGCCCGUCUGUCCAUCUAGACUGUUGUGAAGCCAGGGAGGGAAGGAGAGGGGGCACUGUGCAGCUGGGCCUGCCCGUGCUCGCUCUCUCCUUCUCUCGCUGUCUGUCUCUCUGCCUGUCUCUCACAACGUCACUGUUUCCACUCUGAUACCAGGAAUUAUCCCGAAAAGUUAACAUGUCACCUCCACGAGGCCAUCCUCUGUGCUCCACGCUGGACACGAGCUGACUGAAGGCAGCUGCUGUGGACCUGCCCUCUUCUGCUGCUGCUGCCCACCAGGCGGCGAGGCCUGCCCACCCACCCGCUGCCUCGGUCCACCUGCCCGCGGGAGGCUCUGCCUGGUUUCCGCUCCGCAUGGCCACGGGGAGGAGGACCUGGCUCCGAGGGGAAGCCGUCUCCAGCCCAGCCGAUGGGACUCGCAGUGACCUUGGCGGGUCUAGCCUGCUCAGGCCACCUCCAGGGCGCAGCCUGCGGUGGGCGAAGCAGCCGUAACGGCCCAGCCGGCCCGCCCGCAGCCUCUCUUCAGCACCCUCCUCCCUGCCGCACCCUCCCCUCGUCCAGGCAUCUCGGCGCCACCGCCGUUAGUUCGCAUCCCAGUCCUCCACGACCUGCAGGGCUGCAGCGCGCUCUCGGCUCUGGCGUCCCUCCUGGCUGAGGUGGAAAGAGACCCCAGAGGCACCAGAGCCACCCGCCUGCCCACCCGCCCCGAGACUGGCCGACAUCAGUGUUAUUUAUUUGCCGUUUUAACUUAUUUUCUUUACUUCUCUGUUCAGGGAAGGGGCAGCAGCAGCGUCCUCCUGCCGUCUGUCUGUGUGUGUGUGUGUCUGUGUGUGUGUCUCGGGCAGGGUGGGGUCUGGGGCUGAGGGGCCAAGGACGGAGCUGUCGGAGCGCCGGGGGGCAGGCCGGUGGGUGCAGCGCCGGCAACUACUGUAAACUUUAAAGAAUUCCUGCAAGAUAUUUUUAUAAACUUUG